AUGGCAAAAGACCUGAUGACCACCGAGUAUGAGCCCAUACAUCCCGAGGGCCUGGCCCUUGGGUUGAUGGUGGUGACCAUUAUCAUGACCAUUCUGUCAACAUUUGUCGUUUGUCUGCGAUUCUGGGUACGGAAGAUGUCCAGUUCCUAUUUCGUGGAUGACUGGUUGAUGCUUGCCGGCUGGAUUAUUAACGUAGCUCAUAAUGCCUCAGUUAUUGUGCUCUCGGUCAGCGGGAUCGGUUCCCACGACGAUAUUAUCACGGUGGGGAUGCAGUACAAGAUGGGACUCUGGACCAUCAUCUGGCAGUUCCUCUACGUGCUGGACGGAGCCCUCAUCAAGUCCAGCAUCAUCAUGACCAUGAUGCGUCUCGCCAAUAAGAAGAGGUACAAGUAUAUCCUCUGGGGACUGUUCGCCCUCGCCUGGAUCACUUGGCAGAUCUCGUGGCCUGUGGCCAUCUUUCAGUGCAAGCCCGUAGCCGCGGCCUGGGGCGAGCCGGGCGACUGCACCUCGGGCCAGAGUGUGAUUCUCAACGUGUCAUACUUUGUCUCGGCCACCAACAUCUUUACCGACAUGGCAACCGCCUUGACGCCGAUUCUGCUACUGCGCCACGUGCAACUGGCGCCCCGGGUCAAGCUCAUCACCAUGUUCAUCUUGUCUCUGGGCGUGUUUGCAUCGAUAGCCACGACCAUUCGCAUCACCUACACCUGGGCCUACACAACGCCUACGAACCGCUUCUACGAGAUUGGCAAGAUUGUGCUACUGACGGUGCUCGAGUGCGACCUGGGCAUCAUUGCCGGGUCCCUGCCCAUGCUGCGCCGCCUCUUUCCCAGUCUCGCGUCCUCGGCCAAGUCAAAGUCGAGCCAGCGCACCACCGACGUCAACCUCGUCACCAUUGGCGGUGGCCGCCGGGCGCGGUACAAGCUGGAGAACACUCUGGACGGCACAAAGGUUGGCGCCCACGACCACCACUUCCAGGACAAGGAGCUCGGCGACAGUGACCAGGGUUCCACGGACCGCAUCAUACACAUUACCCGCGAGAUUGAGAUUGAGCAGACCAGUGUCAACGGUCACCACGACAGCCUCGAGCGCGGCGAUCACAGCGACAAUAGCGUCAAUGGCGAAAGUCCUGACCAUCAAUUUCGCACUGCCGUCUCCAAUGGGCGUUUGAGACGGUAG